GAACUACAGAUAUUGGGAAUUUGUUGGAGUAGUGCUGGACUAUAAUUUGUUGAGAUGCUUUCUGAUCAGACCUUUCACUUCGGUAUAUUUGUACGUAAGUGAUGAAUAAGAUCUGGGAUAUGGAUAGUUCCAAUUUCAGUCUAUAGAAGCUAAUUUAGGAUUCACACUUACUCCGUUGUUAUAUUUAAAAUGUUUUCCCUUCAAUUUCUUUCAUUCCCAUCCUCAUAUUCCCCAGCUUGAUCAUUAAUUUUACAAUUUAUCAUUUCUUGCCGUUGUGCAAUAUCUCAAUCACCGAACACAAUCUAAACAAUGACUGCCUCACAAUCCUAUAGGAACGGCAAUGGCUCUGCAAACGGGCAUCGUACAUUGGUACCAGGAGUCUAUGUUCCUACUGUUGCAUUCUUUCAUCCAGAAUCUGAAGAAGUCGAUACCUCUACAGUCGCCAAACACGUUUCCAGACUUGCCACUUCUGGAAUCGCAGGCCUUGUUGUCCAUGGCUCAAAUGGCGAAGCAGUCCAUCUCACACAUUCCGAACGCUCGCUCAUCACCUCAACUACACGCAAAGCUCUUGACAAAGCAGGUGCCUCGUCCAUUCCGGUUAUCGUAGGCUGUGGUACCCAAUCAGUUAAGGAGACGCUUGAACUGUGUAGAGAAGCUAAAGAUUCAGGCGGAGACUAUGCAAUCAUUCUUCCACCCAGUUACUACGCAUCACUCUUGAACCCACAAUUGAUAUUGGAUUUCUUCACGCAAGUCGCGGAUGCAAGUCCAAUCCCCAUUAUCAUAUACAACUAUCCUGCCGCACAAGGAGGGCUUGAUCUUAGUUCCGACGUCAUCCUUACACUUUCUGCCCAUUCCAAUAUCGUGGGUGUAAAACUCACGUGUGGAAAUACUGGAAAGUUGGCACGAAUCGCCGCAUCUGCUAAACCAUCCUUCCUCACCACUGGCGGUUCUGCAGAUUUCAUUUUGCAAACUAUGGUAGUGGGAGGCGAUGGAGUCAUAGCUGGAUUGGCAAACUUAGCACCAAAAGCUUGUGUAGAAGUCAUGAGACUAUUCAAAGAAGGAAAGAUGGAAGAGGCGAGAGAGCUGCAAGCAAUUGUUGCAAGAGGAGAUUGGGUGGCGAUAAAGGGGGGUUUUGUUAGUGUCAAAGUUGCAUUGGAGAAGUAUUACGGAUAUGGUGGAUUGCCUAGGAAACCAUGUGCACUUCCUGAGAAGAAAGCAUUGUCAGCGAUGAAUGAAGAGUUUUCAGAAUUGCUUGAGCUGGAGAAAACUCUCUAGUCCAAUUGAGUUGAAGAAAAUAGAACCCAAAAAUAUUUUUGAAGCAAUUCAUUCAAAUAGCUUGAACCGCGAGGGAACAGCAUCUUCAAUUGUCUAGCGAUUUGAAGAGAAUAGAGAACAUGAAAAUGCAAAGCAUGAAAAGCUUUUUUGAUAUUAUUUGAAAUGUUAUUAUAGAGUGUAUCCUUA